AGGGUGUGUCCAGGUGUCUUCUGAUCUUUCACCUGACAACAUGAGAAUGCUGGCUCUGCUGCUGUUGAUCGGAGCUGCUGCGGCGGUUCCCCGUGAAGAGGGCAGAAUCAUUGGCGGAUGGGAGUGUGCACGUGACUCUCGGCCAUUCAUGGCCUCCCUCAACUAUGGUUACCACUUCUGUGGUGGGGUGCUCAUCAACGAGCAGUGGGUGCUCUCCGUUGCUCACUGUUGGUACAAUCCCUAUUACAUGCAGAUCAUGCUGGGAGAACAUGAUUUGCGAGUGUUUGAGGGUACAGAGCAGCUCAUGAAGACCGACAACAUCAUCUGGCACCCUAGUUAUGACUACCAGACUUUGGAUUUUGACAUCAUGUUGAUCAAGCUCUUCCACCCAGUGGAGGUGACCAAAGCAGUCGCACCCAUCCCAUUGCCCACAGGGUGUCCAGUGGCGGGGACCCCCUGCUCUGUGUCCGGCUGGGGCAACACUGCCAAGGAUGGCGAUAAUGUGUACAUGCCCGUCCUUCUGCAGUGUUUGGAUGUGCCCAUAGUGGAUGACCAGGACUGUAAGAAAGCCUAUCCUGACAUGAUCUCUCCUAGGAUGAUGUGUGCUGGAUACAUGGAUGGAGGCAGAGAUACAUGCAAUGGUGACUCGGGCAGCCCUUUGGUGUGUAAUGGAGAGGUCCACGGCCUGGUGUCAUGGGGUCAGGGAUGUGCUCAGCCUAACUACCCGGGAGUCUAUGUCAAAGUGUGUGAGUUGCUCUACUGGAUUGAAGACAACAUGGCAGCCAACCCCUGAAGAAAUUACCCAUUUUCACUUGACUUUUCUCUUUCUCUCCACUGGUUCCCCUAAUUCCUAUUUUCAUUUACAGCCCUGACUUUCAAUUUCUAUCUUUCGCUGAUGACUUGUCUCCUAUGAAGUUAGACAAAAUAAAACCACAUGGUAUAUAUUCCCGA